AUGCGAUGCGCGAGCAAGGCCGCCGAGAGCGCGUCUGCACGUCUCUGCGCUGGUCAUGAAGACACUCGUGUCUUCACAGAGUACGAGCUCGGUGUCGCGUACUCUCCUGAUACGGAUGACGGAUCCGUAUCGACGGCGAUUGAAUCUAAGCCGCCUGCCAAGCGUGGCAUGGACGAUGCUUUGCGUCGCAGCAUCUUUGGUUCAUCUGAUGAAUUAGAUGAACCAUCGCCGAAGCGAAGGCGCUCGAGGUCGUGA